AUGACAACAAUAAUACCCAAAUUAAAUCAAUUGAAAGAGAAAUUUAAAGAAAAGCCAGAAAUACCCAAAAAUUCUGAUAUCGAUUUUAUUGAAAGUACAAAGAAUGAAAUUUUAAUUGAUAUAGAAAAGAUAAUUGAAAACUAUUCAAAAGAAAUUGAAAAGAUAAAAAAUGAUAUUAUGAAUCAAAUAGAAAAAUAUAAUGAAGCAGUCAAAAACAUAAGUAAUGGUGAAAAUCCAUCAGUAAUGCCAGUGGAAUAUGAAAAUAAUACACAACAAAAUAAUAUAUCAGAAGAUAAUAAAUUAUAA